AUGGAAGAGCUCCCAGCAGUGCAUUUCCUGUAUCAGCCUAAGUCUGAGUGUCAUUUCUCCAACGGGACGGAGCGGGUGCGGUUCCUGUACAGAGACAUCUACAACGGGCAGGAGGACGUGCGUUUCGACAGCGACGUGGGGGAGUUACGCGAGCUGACCGAGCUGGGGCGGCCGGACGCUGAGGCCUGGAACAGCCAGAAGGACUACCUUGAGCGGGAGCGGGCCUAUGUGAACACGCUCUGCAGAGAAAGCUACAGGGUGGCUGAGGGAUUCCUGGUGCAGAGGCAAACUGAGCCCACAGUGACCGUGUAUCCUGCAAAGACCCAGCGCCUGCAGCACCACAACCUCCUGGUCUGCUUCGUGAACGGCUUCUAUCCGGGCAACAUUGAGGUCCGCUCCAGCGGGGAGGAAGAGGAGGCCGGGGUGGUGUCCACGGGCCUGAUCCGGAACGGGGACUGGACCUUCCAGACCCUGGUGAUGCUGGAGACAGUUCCCCGGAGCGGGGAGGUCUACACCUGCCAAGUACGGCAUCCCAGCAGGACUAGCCCUGUCACCGUGAAAUGGAGUGAGACACCCUCUGACCUCACACGCCUCCCUCCACAGGGGCCUUUGCUUAUACCUGAGGGUCAGGGUCCCCUCUACCCACACCCGGUUUUCCUUUGCUCAGUCUCUCCUUCAGCACAGGCUACAGGGUAG